GGCCCCUCCCUGGAGUCCCCACCUUGCCGUUCUCGUGUCCUUCCCUGCCCAGGCCUGAGAAAAAGAGAACAGCUACUGGAGUUGAUGCUGUCUGUACUCACCGCCCUGACCCUACGGGCACUAAGCUAGACAGAGAGAAGCUGUACUGGGAGCUGAGCCAUCAGACCCAUGGUGUCACCCAGCUGGGCUCCUUCACCCUGGACAAGAACAGCCUCUAUGUCAAUGGUUACACCCACCAGACCUCAGCCCCCACAUCCAGUGCUACUGUGACCCCCAUAUUCUUCCCAAGGACCUCGGUGGUGCCAGCCCACUUCUCCAGCUACACAGCAGCGGUCCCUUUCCUGGUGCCGUUCACCCUCAACUUCACCAUAACCAACCUGCGCUGCGAAGAGGACAUGCAGCGUCCAGGCUCUUGGAAAUUCAACUCCACGGAGAGGAUCCUGCAGGGUCUG